AUGUCCUCCUUCUCCAGCACCGAGCUGCUCUCCUCCCUCUCCGAAAUCCAAUCCUACUCCGGAAUCCAAUCCUACACGGUCCUGCCCGCUCACUUUUGUUCGUCCGCGAACGAAAGUCGCGCCGAGAUCAAGUUGCUCGAAAAAGGGGAUACGGCGUUGAUCGUGUGUUCGGAUAAAGGGUGGGGUAUUGCGUUGAGGAGUGUGGUCGAUUGGAAGGUGAGUUGUUGCAGUGUCGGCAUUCCGGUGGGGAAUGUGGUUACGCGAUCGUGGGUGGUGGGUGGUGGGGGAAGACGAUCCUACUUCGAGUCGGACAUCUAGAUACCGUUCCCACCCCUCAGCUUCGCUCGAAAAGCAGCUUUGCUAAUACCUCCCAACACGAACUUUCAUCCCAGCGCCUUCCCCCCGACUCGGCAGCAAAAGACACCGAAACUUUUGAAACGCUCGAGAACCUCUUGGCUUAUCUCAGUCCGGCAUUCGAAGCGAGGAGGAUGCAAGUCUUGUCGGACAAGCUGUCGGCCGUUAGGAUGGAACGUGGGGAGGAAAAGAAAGAGGAGGGGAAAAGAGGGGCCCGGUAG